GUGGACAUUUUUCGGCCAUUGACUCAUGUACCGACUUGUGAGUCGGCUCGAUCAGAUUCUACGGUCGUUGCAAAUGACCUACAAGCUGAACGUUUGCUCGUCGACCAUCCUGCCACUUCGAGCGAGAGCGACUUUCGCUGCAUUGCUGUCGAGAUCAACGAGGAGCGUUUCGGUAGAGCGGCUCUUUACGAUGAUGCUGAAGCGGAGGAGAUGACAGAGAACAGAGAUGAUGCUGAUGAGAACACCGAUGAGGAUGAGCUAUGCUCCUUCUACAAUCUGGAAGGGGCGCGGGUCGAGGCUUUCAUGGGCUUGGCAGGCUUAAAUAAAGUCACUUCGAGCAACACCAGCCUUGAACGUUUCCAAAAUGCAACCACUGACCCAACUGGCGGUCGCCGAAGCUCUGACCAAAUACUGCAACGCCGAUUUGCUCCUCAGGGUCAGCGCGAGGGCAGCGCUGGGCGAGUGAAUUUGGAAUGGUCGACCCCUGCGACUCUUCAGGCAUCUCAGGCAGCCGUCACGGAUUACUCUCCGGACGUCGCUGAGCCUGUUGUCAGCUCAUGCGUGAAGACCAACAUUGCUCUGGGUGGGUUGACUUUUUCCAGGUGA